GUCACUCUGCUCACUCAUUGCUCAGACCUCAGCUCCACUUUCUCUCCUCUUCCUUCCUCCCCGCACUGCGUUUCGGUGACGGCUCCGUCCGCUGGCGGCAGGCGGACACCGACCAGACCCCCCCUACCCCCCCGCCCCCACAACUCCAGUGUGCGGAGCGCCGGUCUGCGCGCACGGAAGAGCCUGAAACAGCCCGAAGCGGACAACAAAUGCUCGAGACCCGCGUCCGGUGGCCCCAGACCCGAUGGGGAGGGAGAAGAGCAGCGCAGUGAUGGGACAGUUUUCGGGAGGAUGCUACCUGAGUUUUGCCACCCUCGUGCUCCUCGGCUCGCGCGUACCGGCCACGUUAGCGAGAGGUGCCCGAGGUGAAGCCCUGCAGCAUGGCCAGUCCGGGACACUUCCCCGCUUCCUGGAGGAGCCUGUCGAUGCCUACAUCGUCAAGAGUAACCCCAUCAAGCUCCAGUGUCAAGCUCGGCCCGCUCUCCAAAUCUUCUUCAAGUGUAAUGGGGAAUGGGUCCACCAGAGCCAGCACUUGUCCCAGGAGCACACCGACCUGGGGACAGGGCUGAAGAUCCGCGAAGUGAUGAUCAACGUCUCCCGUCAGCAAGUGGAGGACUUUCAUGGCCCAGAGGAUUACUGGUGCCUGUGUGUCGCCUGGAGUCACCUGGGAACCUCUAAAAGCCGCAAGGCGUCUGUCCGGAUCGCUUACCUGAGGAAGAAUUUCGAGCAGGACCCCCAAGGCACUGAGGUGCCUCUGAAUGGCAUGAUUGUGUUGCACUGUCGUCCCCCAGAGGGAGUGCCUGUGGCUGAGGUGGAAUGGCUGAAAAACGAUGAGCCUCUGAACUCCGACGGCGUCAUCGAUACAAGAGGCGACCACAAUCUCAUCAUCUCUGACGCACGCUUAUCUGAUUCGGGAAACUAUACCUGUGUGGCCAGCAACAUUGUGGCCAAAAGACGCAGCGCCACAGCCACUGUUGUUGUCUUUGUGAACGGUGGGUGGUCGUCAUGGACUGACUGGUCCCCCUGUAACGUCCGCUGUGGUCGCGGUGUGCAGAAACGCUCCCGCACUUGCACAAACCCAGCUCCUCUCAACGGGGGAGCCUUUUGUGAGGGCAUGUCGGUGCAGAAAAGCACCUGCAACGCAGUGUGCCCAGUUGACGGCGGCUGGGGAGAGUGGACCGAAUGGUCACUGUGCAGUUCGAGCUGCGAGAGGCAGCGCAGCAGAGAGUGCACGGCUCCGGAGCCUAAACACGGAGGCCGGCUGUGUGAUGGCGUGGCACUGGCGACGGACAACUGCACCGGGGGCCUCUGCACAGAGGAUCGAAAGUUGCUGCACGAUGUUAAGCCACAGGGUGUGGACAACAGCAGUGAUGUGGCCUUGUAUUCGGGCCUUGCUGCAGGCGUGGUGACUGUGGUGCUGCUGAUCGUCGCUGUCACUCUUUAUCGGAGAAGCCAGAGUGAGUACGGUGUUGACGUCAUCGACUCCUCCGCCCUCACUGGCGGCUUUCAGUCCUUCAGCUUUAAGACGUCUCGCCAAGCGAAUCCCCUGCUCAUUAAUUCAUCCAUGCAACCUGAUCUGACGGUGUCGCGUACCUACACCAGCCCCAUGUGUUUUCAGGACUCCAUUGACAAGGAGCUGAUGGCCGAGCGCUCACUCCUCGACCCGUUACCGGAUCUCAAGAUCAAAGGUGUGGCAGAAAGGGCGGAGUACCACGUCAUGUCGCACCCUCAGACGUUUCCACGCGGCCUAGCUCCGGACUACAGAGGAGUCGCUGUGGGGACGACGCUGGGCAGACGAGGCAAAAACCUCCUCACGCCGCAAGUCUCUCUGACUCCCAGCAGGCCUCUCCACAAAGCUACUGCGGUGUUUGGUCAUGCUGGAGGAAGGCUGGUGGUCCCUAACACAGGUAUCAGUCUGCUGGUGCCUCAUGGGGGAAUCGCUGAAGACACUACCUGGGAAAUGUACAUGAUCAUCAACCAGGAGGACAGCAGCACGUUGUUCGAGGAAGGGCCAGAGAUCUUUCUGAGUCCUGCAGUCACGUAUGGACCACCGGGCCUUGACCUGUCCUGUCCCAUAGCCAUGACCGUAGCCCACUGUGGAGAGGUUGCUGCUGGUAACUGGACCAUUCGGCUAAAGAGACAAAUGCAGGACAACAAAUGGGAGGAAGUGAUGUCUGUGGACGAGGAGAGCACAUCCUGCUACUGUCUGCUGGAGGCCCAGAGAUGUCACGUGUUGCUGGAGCACCCGGGCCGCUACGCCCUGGUGGGGGAGCCGCUGAACCAGGAGGCGACCAAGCGGCUGAGGCUGGCUGUAUUUGGGAGUCCAGAUAUGAGCAACUCUCUGGGCUUCACCCUCAGGGUCUACUGUGUGGAUGACACACCCCAAGCUUUUCAGGAAGUGGUCGUGGGCGAGCGCAACAGGGGUGGGCGACUGCUGGAGGAGCCGAAAAUGAUGCUGUUCAGGGGGAACACUUUCAGCCUCCAGGUGUCCAUCCAGGACGUCCCUCAGCUACUCUGGAGCAUCAAACCUUUCACCACCUGCCAGGAGUUCUCCUUUUCUCAGGUGUGGGCCAGUAACCAGCGUCCCCUGCAGUGUGCCUUCUCUUUGGAGCGAUACAGCCACUCCUCGUCGCAGCUCUCCUGCAAGAUCAACGUGCGGCAGGUCAAAGGCGAGGAGCAGAUACUCCAGGUCUAUACGUCUGUGGUGGAGAAUGAAAAGGGAGUGGUUCCCUUUUUCACUCAGUCAGACUGCACCAUCACCUCUCAGACAGGGUCAAGGGCCUUUAAAAUCCCCCCGUCUAUCCGCCAGCGCAUCAGCGCCACCUUUGACACCGCUAAUGCCAAGGGGAAGGACUGGCAGCUCUUGGCUCAAAAGCUCCACAUAGACAGGAACCUGUGCUACUUUGCAUGUCAGGAGAGCCCGUCAUCGGUGAUUCUGAGUCUUUGGGAGGCCCAGCACCAGGACUCGGGUGACCUGGACUCUCUGGCCAGUGCCCUAGAGGAAAUAGGCAAGGUCCAGUCUCCCGCCACGUCCACGACACUCGCCUGCAGCAGAGAAGAGCAGGACUCGGCAUUCGCCAAACUUGGGUAGGGCGAGGUUUUACAGCAGAUGAAGUCAUGAUGAACCUUAACUGCAUGAACGCUGAUGAAGAGGAGGAGGAGGCGUGAAGAGGACAGCAGGGUUUUUGACUGUUACUAAAGGGGGACCUCUCUGCUAGACUGCUGAACCAAAUGGCACACACGCAGACAGACACACGGGGGGAACAUGGAGCAACUGUGAGGGAUCAUGUUAUCAAGAGGCACCAACAAAAUCUUUUUUGGAAAGUGUGUGGGAGUAUUCCACUCCCAUCUUUGACUGGGAAAUGUCAGCGUCUCGAUUCUUCAGAGGACACGUCCCACCACUUGUGUCGCGGGAUUAUGGGUAUCGGUGUGUGGAGGAUAGAGUAUGUUUUAGACAGACUGUCAGUCAGACUGGUGUCAUGACCUUCCCUGGAUCUGAUGUGUUGGCGCCUGCCGUCAAACACUCUCCUGGGCUGUCAAAAUGUUGAGUGUAAUGUCAUUAUGUUGUCAUUCAUUUUCUAGAUCUCCUAUUGCUUCCUUUUCUUGCCGCGCCCCACGUCUCUACUGUUACCGCGGACGUUAGAUGAUGAAAAAAAAAAAGAGAAAAAAAAGAAUCUGUCAAAACCCGGGAUCCAUAUGAUUGUGUCAGAGAUAAUUAUCGUGACGGUCCACACUGAUUUGAAACGGUCUAAUGAUGUCCAUGUGCUCGUUAAAGAAGCAUAAGGAUGUGGCUCACAUAGAUAACAAGUCAAUUUAACAAACAACAUUCUUAAACCCAUCAGCGUCCUUGACACCUUUCUUCUUUUUUUUUUCUUUACUUUUGACUUUAGAUUUUGGUAUUUUACUGGACCUACCUUCUCUUUUUUAAUCAACUCCUCGGACAUUAUUACCUGGAGCCACUUUGUUCAAGCAGAGGCUUCCUCUCUGCCUGUUAGAGGACAAAAGAGAGGCAGCGAGAGCUGAAGAAAUCUUCAUCAGGAAGAUAUCAACCACCACUACCGCCCCCCGCAUUCAGUCGCUCCACCUGCCCCUAAACUUAAUAAAGUGACUUUGUGUUGAA